AUGGCCGGCGCUGACUCAUCGACGUCGGAAGAAAAGAAGACAGACGGCGGUGCAGAGGAGGCGCCCCCUGCUGAGGAGAAAGAUGCACAGCCUGUGGAGCGUGCAGCUGAAGAGGUAGAAGAUGAUUAUGAUGAAGAAGUUUACGUCGAACAAAUGUACAUUGAAGAAGUUUACGUUGAUGAAGUUUACGGUAAAAAAGAAUAUGAAGAAGUUUAUAAUGAAGAAAUUUACGUUGAAGAAGUAUACAUUGAUGAUAAAGUUUACGUUGAGGAUGAAGUUUACUUUAAUGGUGAAGUCUACGUUGAUGAUGAAGUUUAUGUUGAUGAUGAAGAUUAUGACGAUGAUGAAGAUUACGAAGAUGAUCAAAUUUAUGUUAAAGAAGAAGAUGAAGAAGAAAUUAAAGAUGAUGAAGAAGUUGAUGAUGAUACAUAA